GCCGGGGUGCCUGAGAUGUCUCCCAUCGGUAUCAUCAGGACGGCCCUACCCAACAUGGACCGGGAGGCGAGGGACGAAUACCUCCUGGUCAUCAUGGCGAAGGACAUGGUGGGGCAGAUGGGGGGGCUCUCCGGCACCACGUCCGUAACCGUCACGCUGACCGACGUCAACGACAACCCUCCCCGCUUCUCUCGCAAAUCCUAUCAGUUCAGCGUUCCGGAAUCCCUGCCGCUGGCCUCCGCGGUCGCCAAGAUAAAGGCGGCGGACCCCGACGUGGGAGCCAACGCCGAGAUGGAGUUCCGAAUUAUCGACGGGGACGGCCUGGGGGCGUUCCGAGUCACCCCCGACAAAGACACGCAGGAGGGAGUCAUAACUCUGCAGAAGGGGCUGGACUACGAGACCAAGUCCAGCUACACGCUCCGCAUCGAGGCCACGAACCGGAACAUCGACACGCGCUUCCUGAGCGCGGGGCCCUUCUCGGACACGGCGACCGUGCGCCUGACCGUGGAGGACGUGGAGGAGCCGCCCGUCUUCUCCUCCCCCCUCAGCCGGAUGGCGGUGUCCGAGGCCGCCAAGGUGGGCACCGUCAUCGGCACGGUCUCCGCCCACGACCCCGACUCCACCGGCAACACCAUCAGGUACUCUAUAGACCGCAACACAGACCUGGAGCGCUUCUUCAACAUCGAUGCCAUGACGGGGGUCAUCAGCACCGCCAAGCAGCUGGACAGAGAGGUCAACGCAGUGCACAACAUCACCAUCCUCGCCCUGGAGAGCCAGGACCCGACCCAAGUCGGAAAGGGAAUCGCCCUCAUCACGGUGAUGGACAUCAACGACAACGCGCCAGUCUUUGCCAUCGAGUACGAGACCUACCUGUGUGAGAGUGCGAGCCCCGGACAGGUCAUCCAGACCAUCAGCGCGGUCGACAGGGACGAGCCACCGAGCGGACAUCGCUUCUUCUUCGCCCUGACCGCCGAGGCGGCCGGCAACCUCAACUUCACGCUCAGAGAUAACAAAGACAACACGGCGUCCAUCUUGACGAAGCGCGGGGGGUUUGGGCGGCGGGAGGAGGCCCUGUACCGGCUGCCCAUCCUGAUCGUGGACAGCGGCAGCCCGUCGCUGAGCAGCACCAACACGCUGUCCAUCCGCGUGUGCAACUGCGACCCCGAGGGCGUGGCCCAGUCCUGCAGCCCCGCUGAGGCCUACAUGCUGCCCGCCGGCCUCAGCACCGGCGCGCUCAUCGCCAUCCUGGCCUGCGUGCUCACUCUGCUGGUGCUGGUGCUGCUCAUCGUGACGAUGAGGCGGAGGAAGAAGGAGCCCCUGAUCCUGGACGAGGAGAGGGACGUGCGGGAGAACAUCGUGCGCUACGACGACGAGGGCGGGGGCGAGGAGGACACGGAGGCCUUCGACAUGGUGGCCCUGCGCAACCUCAACGUCAUCCGCGACCACAAGGCGCGGCGGGACGUGACGCCCGAGGCGCCCGCCCCGUUGUUCCCCGCCCGCCCGCCGCCCUACAAGGCCGCGCCCGACAACGGCGUCUUCCGGGAGUUCAUCUGGGACCGGCUGAAGGACGCCGACCUGGACCCGUCGGCGCCGCCCUACGACUCCCUGCAGACGUACGCCUUCGAGGGCAGCGGCUCGGCGGCCGAGUCGCUCAGCUCGCUGGAGUCGCUGGGCGCCGACUCCGACCACAACUACGACUAUCUCAGCGAGUGGGGGCCGCGCUUCAAGAAGCUGGCCGACCUGUACGGCCACGAGAUACAAGUGUCUUCCUCUACAGAAAGAGUUCAUGUAAACCAAAGCUGCAGGAAAUGUAUUUUAUCUGAGUAAACUAAAAGGCGGACUGUGGGAGAUAAAUCGGGAUUUUUCACCGAGAAUGUGACUGGAAAGACCAGGCGCCUUGGCCGGAUAAUUACAGCGAGCUGAGCUCUCACGCUGUGAGGCAGACCGGCCGGACGCUCGGUGAUGUUUCACCCGCGGAGAAAGCGUCGUUUGGACAACCUGAUUCUUUUUGAGAGAGCGGAGAUCCUUUGCUUUGCGCGUCGCCGAUUUCACAGAGGAGAGAAGAGCGAUUAAUUAAGGUGUAUGACACAGACCAGAAGGUCCCGUGUCGUGUCAUCUCUAUCUCUGCCA